GCGGUCGAAAUGGCCAGGUGGUCGCUGAGAAGAGGUGGUCGCUCGGGCAGGUUUGACUGUACUUGCAAUUAGCCUAUGGGCAUGAACUUCCAAAUAAACUACAUAUUAUACACCUGGAUGUUGCCACAAUUGCGAAUGGCUGCUUUUGUUAAUACUGUACAUGAUCCGGAAUUUUCCAUUUGCAAGCUUGAAACGAUUUCAGACCAUGUUUUCAUAUUGCAGCAAUGUACUAUAUGCUUGAAGUAUCUGAAAGUUUCUUGAUUUAACACACACAUGACACAAAGUUUGUCCAUUGGAUAUAAGAUCACCUACAUGUAUACCUACAAAAACUUAAGGGCAAGAUGCAAGAGUUACAUACUUAUGAUGGAAUGGCCUUCCAACAGCCUGUAGCUAGCCCCCUAUCAAACCACUCUUUGGUCACUUUUUUGCUUGAAUAUAGAAAACAGUGGCCCUGACUCAAAAUGAAUGUGUCCAAGUCAACUCCAACAGAAGACAUACAUUGUAAAUAAACUGAUUUACUACUACAUUUAUAAUAUGACCAACCAAAUUUAUGACCAACCAAAAUUACAAACUUUUGUACAUUUACAAUAAUGGGCAAGACGAGUAACUCCUUGAGCAGUUAUUGUGUAACUCAGAAAAAAGCUUGCUUAGCUAAUGCCUGCACCUUUUCACAAAGUUGGCUUUUAAUUCUUUGAGAAACAUUGAAUCAGAAAAUGACAACAAAAUGUUUUAGUUUGUGGUCACACAAGUAGAAUGUACGUGUACGUAUGUUAAUAUGUAUGUACAAAAUGUAGUUUAAUGCAUAGCAAGACCAAGGUAAAAUGUUCACAGUGAGUAUUCUGUUGAAAAAUCAUCAGGGAAUUGGGAUUGGGACAUUCCAAUCCCUGCCCUGUCACACACUGACACAGCACACUGGAGGUCAAAGUAUCAUAUUCUCUGUUCUCAAGCCUCUGGUCUGUUAUAUCAGACUCAGGUCAGUUCAGACUCAGGUCAUAUUCUGUCUUGUCAUGGCAUCCUGGUCGCUAUAUACCUUUGCUGGCCUGUCAGGCCUGAAGAAAGUUGGGUACCAGGACAACUUCGAUGAUGCUGCUAGGUAUGAGGUUCGGAAUGUCUCGAGAUCGCUUGAUGACCCGACCGCUUUGGUUCUCUGGGUGAGUACACACAUGCUUUUCACCAUGGGAAGGGAAUUUAUUUACCUAAAUACAAACCAGCCAACUCAACUGUAUGUUACUGCAAGAGUUAUAUCCAGCUUAUUGCUACAGUACCUGAAGAUUUUUGUUGUUGCUUUUUUGGGGUUGAUGGUCAGCUGUCCUAACAUCCUAUUUGUCUGAAACAAAACUCAACUUUUAUACAAGAGGGAUGUCAUAUCAACACCAUAAGAAGUGUAGUGCAGUAUAUGACAUCUUUAUACUUUAUAAAGUAGUACUAGCCAUCUGUACAAAUUUUCCUAUAUUGCACUGUGAUGGUAAAAAAUGUUUUUUGAUACAAUUUCAGUUCCAAAGUACCUAUCACAAGGGACAGGCUCCACCCUCCAAGUUGUUGGUCAAACUGGAAGACUACCUAGCCCCACCAAAUACAGAGUGGGUUCAGCUUGAGAAAGCUAGGGAUGCCUUGAGCUUCAUUGAAACAUACCAGCGCAUCAGGAAGGAGCUCAGCAAGUCCAAUGAUGAUGAUGAAGAAGAAGAGUCAGAAGAGGACAUGUAUGCCUAUAAAUCUGACUCCCCAGGUACCUCUCCCUCCAAGAAGGGAGCAGACAUGGAGGAAGAAGAGGAAGCUGGAGAAGACAUGAAGGAAGAUGGAGAUGGCGUUGGGGACGAUGGAGAUGGCAUUGGGGAAGAUGGAGAUGACGAGGGGGAUGAGGUGGAAGCUGGAGGGGCAGUGGGACGAGGUGUUCUAGAAGAUGAAGAUGAAGGUGCGCCCAGUCCCAAAAAGCCAAGGUACGUGUCUAAAAAAGGGAAGAAGUCAGCUCUGGAGAGUGGAGAUGAUGGUGAUGACAAUGAUGAUGAAACAGAAGAAAGGCCCAUGGAAAGAGGGAACAAGAAGACCAAAGGAAAGAAAGGAGGGAGAGAAGAGCCGAAACAAGAAUUUGAGAAAACUGUUGAAAAAAUGAGACGCCUUCAUCCAGAAGUCAACACCGCCAAUGACAGUCAGAUGCUAAAUAAGAAUGCUGGGGGUUGGAGGAAGGCAGUUGCUGCACAACUGAAGCUGAAAAAAGGAGUACGUGAAGUAUCGUCCAACAUGGCGACACACGUCACGGUAGCUACCAUGAGCCCACGGUGCUACCAGGAGGCCCUUGACAUUAUGUCGAAGUGGACUUCUGGUCAGUGCCAAGGGCAGGGCAGGAGUCUCAAACCUAGUCAGACCAUCUUCAAACCACUCAAUGGCUUGUCGGAAGAAGAGGAGGUAUUCAGCCUGCUGAGUGCCUUACGGAGCGGAGCUAUGGACAAGGAUACGUUUGAAGCGCAGGCAAAGGCUAAGAAGAAAACUACAACUAAAAGCCAGGCUGGCAGAAAGGAGACAGCAAGGGAUGUGAGAGAGCUGAACAAGGAGAAGGAGAAGACUAAGCAAGAAGUGAACGAACUGAACAAGGAGAAGGAGAAGACUAAACAAGAAGUGAACGAACUGAACAAGGAGAAGGAGAAGACUAAACAAGAAGUGAACGAACUGAAAAAGAAAAAGGAGACAACAGAAAGUGACGUGAAUGGACUGAAAAAUGAACUCAAGAAAAUGAAAAAAGAAAUGCAGGGAGAGGUGACAGGUACAUGUAAGUUGCAGAAAGAUCAGACGGCCCUGGCAGGGAGCAGUGAGCCCCCAGUACUCCUGGAUACCUGGGUUGGCGUGUGGUAUAAUGGUGAGGGGCCCACUGCUCCCGGGGUGUGGUAUCCUGGCAAAGUGGAGAAUGUAUUGUCUGGGGGGAGAUUGAAGGUGAAAUUCAUCCACCCAGCCCCCUCAUCCAUGGCAGAUUGUGAAUAUAACUAUGUAACUCCUGAUACAAAGGACGAGAAGAUAGUCCGGCCAGUAUUUGUCAUUGCAUACAACUUGCAGGUAGAAGAAGUGAGUAAGGGCAAGUGGAAAGUUAACGUUAAAGACAAAAAGGAGACUGACAAAACAUGCAAAAAGUUCAAGCCCCCUUCUCGCAAGUGAGCUACUGUAAGGUUUGGGAAUAUUUCUGAACAGAAUCUUUCUUUUGUCUUGAGUGUAGUUGAAUUACUUGCCCUCACUCACUUCUCCUACAUACAUGUUCUUUGCAAAGACAAAUACUGCCAGGACUGUCUGAAUGUCCUUCCAUUCAUAGAACCAAGUAUAAUUGAACAAUGUAGUUAACUUGAUAAUCAUAUAUCAAUGUUUGAUCAAAACAUUUUGGUAUUUCUGUAACAGUGGGGGGUUUAAGUAGCGACUAAAACCUCUGCCAAUUAGCUGGUCAGCCUUUUGUAGCAUAGUGGUUAGCGCUGCUGGGCUUGUGACCUGGUAGACCGGAUUCGGUGCAGGUUCAAAUCCCAGGUGUCGCGCUGUUGUUUCUUUCUGUUUCUACUCCUUUCUUACAUUCAAUUUGGUUCCCACACCGACCCUGUGAGCAACAGGCUAAAACAUGUGCCACACUGUGAGUAAAAGGCUUAGCGAGAGAUGUGCCACACAGGAUAUCUAACUCGAAGAUUCAAGGCCAAAUCUUAAAAAGAAAAGGGGGAGUAGUGGGGGUUAAAGUACCAUCAAACAACCAUGAUGAUCCCAAUUGACUGGUCAGUCUUUUCCAGCGUUGUGGUUAGUGCAUAGGGUUUGUGAUCUGCCGGCCUGGGUUUGAUCCUGGGUGUUGGCAUGUUUGUUUCUUUCUGUUUGUAGUACUUUCUUAGAUUUCCUCCUGAUGCGCUAUUAGAAUUAUGUUGCCAGAUUUGCUCACAAGAUUAGCCAUGUUUUGUACCACACCAUUGUAAAUUUGUUAAAACAAUACAAUUGAAUCUGUUGUGUGUUUAUUAUGUAUCAUGCUUAAUGAUCUCUUCCCAUCGCUGAACUGAAUAAACUGUUUGGAGACUUGA